AUGGACGUCCACGACGUUAGUGCUGAGAAACGCCGUCGCCAUCGACACGAGAUGGUCGGUCAAACAGCGAACCCGCUGGAGUAUCUCAGGCUGGUUGGGAACGGAUCACCGCAGCGUUUCAUUCGAGAGCAGAUGGUUCGCGUGCGGAUAUACCCGACUGAGUGCAGUGCCCAAGAAAACGAAUUACUUGGUAAUAGUGAUAUAGCACACACCUCAAAUCACGUUGACUUUUCCUGGCGUCUUGACAAAAAUGGAUCCGCCACUUGCUGUAUCCCGUUCAGCGACUUGCUCCUUUUGACUGCCUAA